AUGCUCUCACACGAUACUCAGAAAAACCGCCUCGUUUACCAAUAUGACUUUGAAAAGGUCUUCAUCGAGCCAUGGGGCCCCAACGCGCUCCGGGUCCGCGCAACUCAUCAACAUUCACUCCCAUCAAACCAAGAUUGGGCUUUAAUCUCCUCCCCAGACCUGACUUCGAUCAAAGCAACAAUUAAGAUCGAACCCGAUUCGGUCGGUGGAACAAUUACAAAUGGCAAAAUAACGGCCAACAUUUCUCCACGCGGCAAGAUUAUCAUCAAAAACACCGAAACCGGUCAAUUGCUUCUGGAAGAGUACAUGCGCAAUCGUAACGAUCAGUUAGAUCCCAAAUGCUCUGCCCUACUCGUCGAAGCACGCGAGUUCAAGCCACAUGCCGGUCGUGAUGAUUAUCACCUGACCAUGCGACUCGAAAGCAUCGAUCGUAACGAAAAGAUUUACGGCAUGGGUCAGUACCAGCAACCAUACCUCGACUUGAAGGGGCUGGACUUAGAACUGGCUCAGCGCAAUUCGCAAGCCUCUGUACCAUUUGCCGUAUCGUCGCUUGGAUACGGCUUCUUGUGGAAUAAUCCUGGUAUUGGUCGUGCAGUUCUUGGUAAAAAUGUUAUGUCGUUCGAGGCAUAUUCCACGCGAGUCCUGGAUUACUGGAUUGUCGCUGGCGAUUCACCCAAGGAGAUCGUCGAGGCAUAUGCGGAUGCUACUGGAAAAGUUCCAAUGAUGCCUGAAUAUGGGCUCGGAUUUUGGCAGUGCAAGUUGCGAUAUCAGACUCAAGAGGAGCUGUUGAGUGUUGCGAGAGAAUAUCGAAAGCGGAAAUUACCAAUUGAUUUAAUUGUGAUUGAUUUCUUCCAUUGGCCACUACAGGGAGAAUGGAAGUUUGAUCCUGUCUAUUGGCCUGAUCCUGAUGCAAUGAUUAAAGAACUCAACGACCUGAAGAUUGAGUUAAUGGUCUCCAUUUGGCCCACGGUCGAUAUCAGAUCCGAAAAUUACGAAGAAAUGCUUGAAAAGGGCUAUCUCAUACGUAUGGACCGCGGUAUCCGUACAGCCAUGAACUUCCAAGGCGAGACCGUUCACUUCGACGCCACCAACCCCGACUCUAGGAAAUACGUCUGGGAAAAGGCGCGGAAAAACUAUUAUUCCAAGGGAAUCAAGGUCUUCUGGCUUGAUGAAGCGGAGCCGGAGUACUCAGCCUACGACUUUGAUAAUUACAGAUAUCAUCUUGGCUCGAAUGUUACCAUUGGUAACAUCUACCCGCGAGAAUAUGCAAGAGCAUUCUACGAAGGUCAGACAGAAGCCGGACAGGAAAAUAUUGUCAACCUCCUUCGUUGCGCCUGGGCCGGGUCUCAGAAGUACGGCGCCCUCGUCUGGAGCGGCGAUAUCGCUUCCAGCUGGGAAUCGCUUCGCUGCCAAUUAGCGGCGGGACUCAACAUGGGCAUGGCGGGUAUACCAUGGUGGACAACGGAUAUCGGUGGGUUUCACGGUGGAGAUCCUACAAAAGACUCGUUUCGAGAGUUGCUGGUGCGUUGGUUUCAAUGGGGUGCCUUUUGUCCUGUCAUGAGACUUCAUGGAGAUCGCGAACCAAAACAGCCUCAACAUGGCACGACGGGUGGCGCGACCUGUUUGUCCGGUGCGGAAAAUGAGGUUUGGUCUUAUGGGGAAGAAGUUUAUGUCAUAUGCGAAAAGUAUCUGAGUAUUCGUGAACAAUUGCGCGAUUAUACGAGGGCACUCAUGAAGGAGGCCCAUGAAAAGGGUACACCGGUUAUUAGACCCUUGUUUAUUGAGUUCCCGGAAGAUAAGAACGCUUGGGCGAUAGAGGAUCAGUAUCUGUAUGGGUCCAAGUAUCUUUGCGCACCAAUAUUGUAUCCGGGGCAGAAGAAGCGAUCUGUAUAUCUUCCUGAGGGAAAUUGGACUUUCUUCAAGGAUGGUUCAAUUACCGGUGACCACGGUGAACACUUCUCUGGGCAGCAAACGGUUGAAGUCGAUUGUCCGAUUGAAAUUAUGCCUGUGUUUGUGCGAGAUUAG